GGCCAUUAUCAAUCGAUCAGAGAGCAGAAGAUGGCGGCGCGUCGAGGCUGAGCACUGAGAUCGAUCACCGAAACAUUCGAUUGAACGGAUCAGCUGAAGCCUAGAAACUCGUUUGUUAUAUGAGGAGGAUACUGUUGCCUAAAGCCUAAAGCACUGUAGUCCACUCCAUCAGUUAUGGACUUUCCUUGGCACAGUGGGAAUGUUCUUGGGCAGCUUAAUGAACAACGUCAGUUGGGUCUUCUUUGUGACUGCACUUUUGUGGUGGAUGGAGUAGACUUCAAGGCCCACAAGGCUGUGCUGGCAGCAUGUAGUGCUUACUUCCGCACACUCUUUUUGGACCAGAAAGAUGUUGUUCAUCUUGAUAUCAGCAAUGCUGCAGGUCUUGAGCUGGUCCUUGAGUUUAUGUACACUGCAAAGCUGACUUUAAACCCUCAGAACAUAGAGGACGUUCUUGCUGUAGCUACUUUCCUUCAGAUGCAGGAAAUUGUCAAUGCUUGUUCAGCUUUUCAGUCCUUGACUGUCCCUGCAUCAUUUAAGCCUGUAGUAGAGACCGAGCCGGUGGAGGAACAGCUGCGAUCUGUGAGAAAACUGGAGGAUUCGAGUUCCCAGGAAGAGCAGGAGAAUCAUUCAGUGACUCAGAAUGCAGUUUGUGAAAAGAAGGAAGCUCCUGUACAGUCAGAGACAACAGAAACCCAGGAGGCUGCAAGUGACACGACUGAGAAGCAAAGCACAAAGACUUCGAGAGCUGUCAGCAAAAUUAGUGGGCCAUCCAAAACGAGACAAAAAAAGGCUGGUGUUGUGGAUUCCAAGAAUGAAACAGAGGAGGAAAGAGCCACAAAAGAGAUUCCACUAUACCAAGAGGAUCCUUCUGAUGCUGACUACACUCCUAAAGUCUCUCAGAGGGUGGCAGCAAAACGGUUGUAUGUUAGCACAAGGAGAAGCAAGUCAAAAUAUGCAGCUGUUCACACAUCCACAGAAGUUGAUGACGCUGAGGAAAGUAUGUCAAAAGCUGAGAGCGUGGAGAACAUGUUAGAAGAGGAGGAUGAAGAGGAUGAAGGAGAAACAGAGGAAGAGGAAGAAGCAGGAGAGCAGAUGGAGACACAGGAUGAAGAAACAUCGGGUUCGGAUGGGAAGAAGUCCGCACUUGUGGCUGAGAGAAGUGAGUCCAGAGCGUAUGGCUCCAUCACACACAAAUGUGAGGACUGUGGGAAGAAGUUUACACACACAGGGAACUUUAAACGUCACAUGCGCAUUCACACUGGUGAGAAGCCAUUUAGUUGCAGAGACUGUAAUAAAGCCUUCUCAGACCCAGCUGCCUGCAAAGCACAUGAGAAAACACAUAGUCCUCUAAAACCAUAUUGUUGUUCCACGUGUGGAAAGAGUUACCGGCAAAUCAGUCUGCUAAACCUGCACAGGAAGCGACACACAGAUGAGGCGCGAUACAGCUGUGAAGAUUGUGGGAAGCUCUUCACCACUUCUGGAAACCUGAAGCGGCAUCAGUUGGUGCACAGUGGGGAAAAACCCUACCACUGUGACUACUGCGAACGUGCCUUUUCUGACCCCACCGCCAAGAUGCGACAUCUAGAGACCCACGACACAGACAAAGGUCACAAAUGUCAAUACUGUGACAAGAAAUUCAACCAGUUGGGAAACCUGAAAGCACAUCUGAAGAUCCAUAUUGCAGAUGGGCCUCUUAAGUGUAAGGAGUGUGGGAAACAGUUCACCACCUCAGGCAAUCUGAAGAGACACCUGCGUGUGCACAGCGGUGAGAAGCCUUUCGUCUGUAUGCACUGCCAGAGAGCAUUUGCUGACCCUGGGGCCUUGCAGAGACACGUGCGCAUCCACACAGGAGAAAAGCCCUGUCUGUGUCUAAUUUGUGGAAAAGGCUUCACGCAGGCCAGUUCACUCAUAGCUCAUGUUCGCCAACACACUGGGGAGAAACCUUAUGUGUGUGACCGCUGUGGGAAAAGGUUUGUCCAGUCCAGCCAGCUGGCCAAUCACAUCCGUCAUCAUGACAAUAUCCGACCACACAAGUGCCACACCUGUAACAAAGCGUUUGUCAACGGCGGAGAUCUCUCAAAACAUAUCAUCAUUCACACAGGAGAGAAACCGUUCCUGUGCGAUAAGUGUGGUAGAGGAUUCAACCGUGUGGACAAUCUGCGUUCCCAUGUGAAGACAGUGCACCAGGGGAAGGCGGGCAUGAAGAGACUGGUGGUGGCUGAGGAGGACGAGGGAGAGGAGAAACUGCUGCCGGACUCCACAUCGGACUCAGAGCUCAAUAAUGAGGUCAACAUUGUCACGGUCACUACAGAUGACAUUGUGACUUUAGCCACAGAGGCUCUAGCUGCCAGUGCUGUAGCACAGCUCACAGUGGUACCAGUGGCAACCUCUGUAUCUGCUGAUGAAACUGAGGCACUGAAAGCAGAGAUCACCAAAGCAGUGGAGAAAGUACAAGAAGCAGAUCCCAACACACAGAUCUUGUAUGCAUGUGACUCAUGCUGUGAGAAGUUCUUGGACGCCAGCUCCCUCGCCCAGCAUGUGCGCAUUCACACUGCCCAAGCCCUGGUCAUGUUUCAGGCAGAUUCUGACUUUUAUCAGCAAUAUGCAGGUGACGGGACGUGGCAAACCACCGAGCAGGUCAUCCAGGGAGGCGAGCUCUUGUUCCGGACACGGGAGGAGGACGGGGAGGAAGGAGAAGGAGCUCUAGCUCAGCCAGAACCUCAAAGUGAUGGGGCAGAGGAGGAAACCAGUACACCGGCAGAGAAAGAGGAAGGGUCUGGAAAAGUGAAGUCUGAAAGCCAAGGAUAGUGAAGAGUUUUUGAACCUGAAUUGAUCCAACGGAUGGAUUUCAGACUGCUGUUUCUAACAUGCUAUAGUAAAAACACUUUACUAGAUAGAUGUCAUAUCUCAAACCGCAGCACAAUAUGUGUACAGCAUAUUAAUACUACAUUGUAUAAAGUUAAAUUUAAAUAAAUAUGACAAGAAAAAAAGUAAUUAAAUAUGAACAAAACAAACCUAAUUUGUAUGCCGUUUAUCAUACUUUUUAAUUCUAGUGUCUCCAUGUAUAUGUCCAAUGCUAGAUCAUGUAUUCUCGGUUACUGAAGCUAAUGAAACAUAUGACUGUACUACAAAUUUCAGUUUUCCACAAAUCAACCACAGUACUGAACUGUUAUUUAUUGAUUUAUUAGUUGUUUGUGGAGUUUAAUCAUUUUCUGUUUGAGCUUAAUACUGCUUGACAUAAACAUAAAAUACAUUAAACUGCUGAUUCGAACUGUAUGCUUAUCAUUUUCAUGACAUGUAGAAACCGAAGAACUCACAAUAAACAAUUUUAAAUGCUC